ACAUUAUGACACUUUUGACAACUAUUUUAAAAAGUAACUUUCGUUUCCCUCAUUUUUGCUUUUUUGUUGUCCUGUGACUGUAAAUUUAUUUUAAAUAAAGUGUUUUACUUUGUAUGUACACGAAAUAUUAAAUUACUACAGUGAACUGAACCAAUUAUCCUGAAUAUUAUAUAUUUUGUUCUCCCGUAUUAUUAUUACUCACCUUUUUGCGCGGGAAUCGGGGGUUAUAGAGUGUAAUGAAAUUGGAUUUUACAACGUCUAGAAAAUGACUGAUGCACUGUGCCAUUUAGUUGUAGAUGGAAAUGAGGUCCUGGAAUUUAAACUGGUGCGUGAUAUUGAAGAUCUAGAAAAUGACGAAACAAGUUUCGGUCCAGAGAUGUGUCAUCAGGUUUUCGGUGAAAACGAAAACAUAUUUGGGUAUACAGACUUGCACAUAAAACUUUUCUAUAGUGCAGGUAGUCUUCAGACAUACCUUGGGAUUGAGUAUACAGAGAAGAUUGAACCAAACAAAUCUGAGGGUAUGAAAGCAGAUGAUGUGGAAGGAGCUCUAACUAAAGUGAUUGCGCCUGGAUUCACUACCAACUUUGACCAAUUUGUCUCUAGGCUAAAGAAAGAUGAGACAUUUGUUCCCUUUGGAAAGCAGAUACAUGCUUUCCAAGCUACCCCUGCUGAUGGUGGUGACAAACGAUUUUUUGAAGUGUACUACACUGAGACAUCUACCAGUGGUUUCCUAGCCUUCCAUCAGAGGUUACAGACCUUCUUGCUGUGGUAUGUUGAUGCGGCCUCCUUCAUUGAUGUGGAUGAUGAUCAAUGGACAUUUUUCACAGUGUAUGAGAAGUUUCAAUCCAGUGAGGGUGGUACCAGAUAUGCUACUGCAGCAUAUGCUACAGUGUAUCGCUACUAUGCAUACCCGCGUCAUUCUCGUCCCCGUAUCUCGCAAGUCCUCACACUGCCCCCAUUCAGGAAACUCGGCAUCUGUGCAAACCUUCUAGAGGCAAUUUAUGCCAACUUCAUAAUUCAACCAGAUGUCGUAGAUAUUACUGUGGAGGACCCGUCACAGGAUUUCCAGAGGAUUAGAGAUUAUGUUGAUGCAGCGAGCUGCGAAAAUCUUCCUGCCUUUCAUCCUUCAAAACUUGUGCAAGGAUUCUCUCAAGAUAUGGCUAUCCAAGCAUGUAAUAAAUUCAAAAUUAAUAAGAAGCAAGCUCGUCGCAUAUACGAGAUACUUCGCUUGAAGAACACAAACACAUCAGAUAAGACUGCCUACUUGAACUACAGGCUUGAAGUCAAAAAUAGACUCAAUGCACCCUUCCAGAAAAAGAAAUUAGAAAUGAAGAAACUACAGAAAGUAUUGAAACCUGAAGAAUACGCAGCUACAAUAAGCGCAACGGGCCUGAGUGAGACACACAGUCGUCUGACCAACCAAUACCUUACGCUCGAACAGGAGUACAGACGCGUCAUAAACAGGAUGGAGCGAAAUUAUUUAUAAACCACUGGAUCAAACACCAAUAUAUUCGUAAAGCACUUCUACUAGAGUUAAAUCCUUGACUUGCUUGCUCUAAUUGUGAUGGUCAAGAGGGUUUUUGGUGUCCUUAGUCGUAAUUUUACUAUCAUUACUUAUACCAGUACUAAAAUAAUUACGAAUUAUCGCCACUAUUGUAAUAAAUCUGAAAAUUUUAACAUUGUUAUUAAAGACCUGGUCUUGCUCAGUUUAAGGUUCUAGUUGUAUUGUAUUGGAAUUUACUCUUUAAAUUAUUAUUGUACCGUUUAUCAGAUUGAACCGUUGAACAGUUACUUUGAUCUCAGAUUGGGUCCUUGAUGCCUUGUUAAUGAACACAUUACCUACGAGAUCAUACUUAAUGUUAGUGAGUAUUUAAAUAUGUUAGUGUUAGGCCAACAUUCAUAGGAUGGUGACUAAGCUCUUGUAACACCUGGUUCUAAACCAAUUUAUAAAGGAAGGUGUUUUGUUCAAAGAGUGUACUGGAAAACAAUGUUUAAUGUUUAUUGUGUGCCUUAAGAACGCAACACACCUAAUUGUAAUUUCGAUGUUAUGGUGUGAGUAAUGUGUCAAUUGUUUCGGUUGGCAACAUGAUGAUUAUUUGUCUAAUUCAGGACCUAAAUUGCCGAAAUUGUUUUUGUUAUUAAAGUUUGAAUGUAAUUUUUCGUAAUAAAACUCGAUUUGAAAGUAA